CACGCAUUCGUACGGGGUGGAUGACGUAUGCCCAGCUACCUCUGUAUAGGUAGGAAAAUAGAGUAUAAAAGACAAAGUCGAUGCUGGGAUUUUCAUCAGUCGCUUGCACUUUCGAGUUCGAAGAAUCUCAAGCAACCCAAACCAACCCAACAAAAUGAAAUCCUUGGUGAUCCUUUUCGCUAUCUUCGCCAUCGUCGCCGCCUUCCCCGAACAGGAACGCGAACGUCGUGGAAUCCUCGCUGCUCCCGCUCUUGCUGCCCCAUGGGUCGCUGGACCCAAAAUCGCCGCUGCUCCCAUCGCUGUUGCUGCUGCCCCUAAGCUCCUUGCGGCACCCGCUGUUGUAGCCGCCCCUGCUCUCGCUGCCGCCCCUUGGGGACUCAAAGCUUGGUAAAUACCAUUUAAUAUCCCGGCGUAACUGGACCUGAAGUAUUACAAUGAAGUUCCACGGUCAGAGAACUCUCAUUGCCCAAAAUUCGGAUUCGGCGACUGACGAUUCCCGACAACCCUAUUCCGGCAGCAAUUUCGUCCAACCCCUUACGAUUGGCACCAUGGAAAAUUUUAUUCCCCCCCUUACCUAUAAUAGAAAUUUUAGCAUCAGAUAAUAAACUUAUUUUAAAACUUAAUA